CUUUGUGCAGAUUAUGGAUUUCUGAACAUUAAAAAGCAUUAGCUAAUAAGUUAUAUAUUUUGUACUUAAAUGCUUUGUUUAACCCCAAAUCAAAAUAGGCUAGGCAUUAUCUCUCCACUUUAUUGAACAUUGUCAGUGACAAAUAAGUUGGCAUUUCGGACAUAAAUUCAGUGUAAUCUUGGUGAAAUUGUUGAAACAAUUAGUUGUAUGUGCAAAAAAUUAGGGGAACUAAAGAAGUUUUUCUGCAUUUUCGAACUAGUUUAGUGACUCCAUGUGUUUAUUUGUGAAGGUCGGUGUUGAUUUGUGUAGUGUGUUUAUCCUGAUGUGUCUGCCAUCGGCAACGCUGUUGCAUCUGUAAAUAAGUUUGGCAAUCCAUUCGGCUCGGAUACAAAAUUUUCUGUGAUUUUGCCUCAUUUUUCGAAAUUUAAUCUUUACAAAUUCGCCGAGAUGGCUUCCUUUAGUGCCUCGUCGUCGUAUCACAAGAAAACGAAUCGCGUUGCUAUUAAAAGCACUUCUCCUGUGUCGAAUGCGAUAUCCCUGCCAGCUAGCCGUAUUAAGCGGAAAAGCGUCGUCAAGCGGGCCACAGCUGGGGCAUUAACAAGUCAAAGUCUUGGCCUGGUCACUGGGAUGGACAGGGACGAUCGGUUCCUCCCGCACCAGAUUGCGGCAGCAAAGGCACAAUCAGCUACCAGAAAAAAAACAGUUCCUCCGAUCCCACCGCCACGCCCACUCCGCAGGGCGGGAGCAGCAACAGCAGCCACAGCAGGAACAGGAGCAGGAGCCGCUCCUCCAGCCGCCGCUUACCUUGCUGCCCAGGUGCCUUGUGGUGGCAAAGUCUCGCACUCUGGCAGCAGCACCCCACCACUGCCAUCGUCCGCCAUCAAGAGCUCGUUGGCCAACCGCAGGGUCGCCGGUGGCAAGAUCCCGGAUCAGGUGAAGCGUCGCGUCAAGUUCUCGGCCAAUGUCCAUACAUUCACGACGGUCACCAACGCCAAGAAGUCCACCCGGAUUGGCGAGCUGCAGCUGAAGAAAAAGGUUAAGAAGCUGAAGCGAAAUCGACCGCGUCGGGAGGGCGGAAGUGGUGGUGUUACCGGCGUGUCGGAAAGCGGAUCCAUCAAUCAAAACAUCGACAAACACGGCACCAUUGUUGAUGUGGAAUCCCUGAAGGCACCAUCACCGCCACGCGUUUUACGCCUGAACGUUGUGGGCAAAUCCUCACCAGCAACAGGCAAAUCAGCUCUAGCCGAAGCACUUCGAAGAAAGGCUCAGAGAUCUUUGCUGAGCAAUUCAGCAGUUACUCAGGAAAAGACCAGGGAAUUGAAAGCAACAGGAAGUAGCGGGAGCAAAAAGGUCAAGAGAAAGGCAACGAGUGGCAGUACGAAGACGCUGCUGGGAUCUAGCUCUAAUUUGGUGGAAAACAGUGCGGAAUUGGCAGGGCGUAAGAAAUCAGGGGCGGCCAAAACGACAGGGAUUCAGCGGUGUAGUAUAACAAAGCCUCUCAAUGGGCGGCGAGUCAAUGGAAAAGUCGUCUGA